AUGGCGAAGGACAUCAACCUAAGCUCUCGAACACGAAAUCCUCUGCUCUUGUUCUUAUGUUUCACCAUUCUUAUGCUCCUUCGAACCGAGGCUGUAUGGUUAAACAUCCCUAGUAAGGGAACUAAGUGCAUGUCCGAGGAAAUCCAGUCACACGUCGUCGUUUUAGCCGAUUACUAUGUUGUGGCAGACGAUGGCAAGGGUCACCAACCUCAAACCAUUUCUGCCAAGGUGACAUCCCCUUAUGGAAAUAAUCUUCACCAGAAUGAAAAUGUUACCCAUGGUCAGUUUGCAUUUACAACUACCGAGAGUGGGAACUAUCUGGCGUGCUUUUGGGUGGAUCCUAAACAUCAAGAAGGUGGAGUAGACACCACAAUCAGCCUUGAAUGGAGAACUGGAAUCGCUGCAAAAGAUUGGGACUCUGUUGCAAGAAAAGAAAAGAUAGAGGGUGUUGAACUUGAGCUAAGGAAACUUGAAGGGGCUGUGGAAGCCAUCAGAGACAAUCUAAUUUAUUUAAAGAACAGGGAAGAGGAAAUGAGGGAAGUCAGUGAAACAACGAAUGCUAGAGUGGCUUGGUUUAGUAUCUUAUCUCUUAGCGUCUGCAUUUCUGUUGCGGUGUUGCAGCUGUGGUAUCUGAAGCGCUUCUUUCGGAAGAAGAAACUCAUAUAG